ACUAAAGCAUGCAAGGUUAACAUUGGGACAUGAAUUUAGUGAUAAAACCGUCUUUAAGAGUUAAUAGAUUUGGUGUAGUCAAUUUCCACAAGGUUACUGCUCCAUUCGUUACGCUUAUUGGUACUAAAUGUAACAGUGGUGCGUUGAAAAUCUGCAAGAACACAAAAUAUCAGUUCUCAAACCGGCAAACGUUUCACACAACCGUAUCUCUUAGAACGAAGGGGAGAGAAAAAUAUACCGGAUUAGGUCCAGGAUCAAUUUAUAUUUACAGAAUCGGUCUUUUCUUCGUCUCCUUUCUAGUGUUAAGCAAAGUUACAACACACUUCCUUGUUACUUCUGAAUACAGUGCUUAUGACGAGGAAGACUACUGUAAGAAUGAACUUUCUUCUAAAAAAGAAGUGAACUCAAAUAAUCUAACUCCGAAAUAAAUUCUUACUUAAUGCUUAAAUAGAUCAGAUGAAAUUUGAUAUUGAAUAAUCUGUUUCUUAAAGUCAGGAAGUGAUAUGUAGGUUCAAAUAUUUAAAUUUGAAAAAUUAGAUUCCUCAAAUACUUUCAGAUUCAUUGAACUAGUUUAAAACAAUUUGUGUGUACAUGUAUGUAUGUCAUGUAUGUAUACCUAUUUAACACAGAUAUUUAUGUGAAAUAGAAAUCGGUGUGCAUGAAUUAAGCUGUAGCCUUGUUCUUCAGAAUUUCAAGGAUGAGUUGUAGGCAUAUUAGGAGUGCAUGUUUUAUGUCUAUAACUAGCAAACCUCUCAACACGAAGAUGUCAAAUAUUCAUACAUGUACCUUCAAUGCCUGCAAAAAAAUACUUGAAAGGAGAUUUAUACAAAGGAUACACUACCAGAACUACAAAAACGCAGAAAGAUUUUCAAAAUAUGGACAAACUUCUAAUAAAAAAGUGCCUUGGUCUAAAGUUUUAAAAGUGAUAACUUGCAUCGGUGUUUCUGCAUCAUGUGUAUUGGCUCUGGCAAAAAGCAAGCGAGUAUUCUCUGUUGGUAAAUGUGAAGAAACAGAUAAAGUGGAGGAAGAAAAGUCUAGAGAUGCCUUAACUAAUUCAAUGAAAAUGUCCAAAGCCAUAAAUAAAGCAAGAGACCUUAUCCAGCGAAUAAAGGAUGAAACAGGAAGUCCAGGAAUUGUUGUUGGUGUAAGUGUGAAUGGAAAAGAUGUAUGGAAAGAAGGUCUUGGAUAUUCUAAUGUAGAGAACAGAACACCAUGUACUGCAGACACAAUAUUCAGGAUAGCUAGUAUCAGCAAAUCUAUCACCAUGGGAAUGGUGGCUAAGUUAUGGGAAAGUGGUGUCCUUGACCUUGACAAACCAGUUCAACAUUACCUGCCACAGUAUCCUGUUAAAUAUUUUGAUGGUCAGAAGGUUGACAUAACAACAAGACAAUUGGUUUCCCAUCUAGGAGGAAUAAGACAUUAUGAUAAAGACUAUAUAAAGAAAAAUAAAACUAUUAAAGAUAUUGAAAACUUAGAAAAAUCUUCGAACACAAACACAAAAGAUAAUGUUGACAAAUCAGACAAGAAAGACAAAAACCAAACAUCAGAUAAAAAGAAGGAAGAAAGUAAAGAUGGAAAGAAGAAUGAAAACGAAAAGAAGAAAUCUGAAUUUGAAAACAAAGAGUAUUACAUACAGAAGGCUUUUACAUCUAUUACAGAGAGUCUGACUCUUUUCCAAGAUGAUCCUCUAGUACAUAAACCUGGCAGUAAAUUUCUGUAUACCUCACAUGGAUGGACCUUAAUUAGUGCUGUGAUGGAAAAGGCUGCCAAUAAACCAUUUGAUACAUUAAUGAAGGAGUACUUCAAGACAUUAGGACUUCAACACACAUAUCUUGAAGAAAAUGAUCCACUUAUUUACAACAGAGGAAGUCAUUAUGUGAAAAAUAAGAAGGGAAGAAUGAUAAAUGCUCCAUAUGUCAACAAUUCUUACAAGUGGGCCGGAGGUGGAUUUAUCUCAGAUGUCACCGAUCUGCUAAAAUUUGGAAACAUUAUGUUGUAUAGCUAUCAGUAUGAUGCAGAUAGUUUGAGUGGUGCAGGCAGUUCAAUAAAAGGAAGUAUCCCUAAGGGAGAUAAUCCAACUAAGGAAGAUAACUCUAGAUCAAAGGAUGAGUCAGAAUCUGUGAAUAGUGUAGUAAUGGGAAAUAACUCAGAGAGAAAACUUUUACCUGGAUAUUUGAAAAGAAAAACAAUGGAUAUGAUUUUCACUCCCGUAGAUAAAACUGAGUGUUCAUGGGACAAAGAUGGGUUUUACAGCAUGGGUUGGGCUGUUGUACCAGAAAAGUAUGAAAAUGGUUAUUGUAAUCAUCAAAGGCAUUACAUGUCCCAUACAGGGGGUGCUAUAGGUGCUAGCAGUGUGUUACUUGUCUUACCAUCUCAAAACUUUGGGAAACCAGAAAAGACAAAUUCAGGAGAAAAAUAUGCAAAGCUGCCUGAUCCACCAAAAGGGAUUGUUGUUACUGUUAUUACUAACAUGGGAUCUGUUGGGUUAAAUAGGGUUGCUCUUGAAAUUGCAAAAUCAUUUGAAUCUGUUGAGUCUAAUAUUUAACAAGUAAAAAAUGUAUAUAUAUGAGGGUCUGGAUGGUGUUUACAAUUUAGAGAAUAAUUUAAUAAGGCUACAAAAAAAUAGAGAAAAAUAGGCAAGCAAAAUAUCAAAUAUAAAAUGGGCAAACUAAACAUACAAAAUAAAGAUUAUAGAAAAAUAGUGUAAAAAUAAAGAAAAAUGAAAUGAAUACCCCACCCCAUCAUCCUGAUUCCUCAUAUAUUUAUACAAUCAUAUGAAGUGAAUGAAAGUAAUAUUUCAUAAAUCUGAUUCAGAAAAUAUGUCAAACAGUGAAAUAUAUAACCAGCUUCAAAAGAACAAUUUCUUAAGCAUUUUAUUUUGGAGACAACAGUAUUAUUUUAGCCAGUAUUAAAAUUUGCAAGACAUAUUCAAUAGUUUAUAUAUAAAUUAGUCAAGUGCACCAGCACCGUCUGUUGGUACAAGCUAGUAGAGUAAUCAGGAUGGAUACAGAAGUAUGCUGUAGUUGUUGUAAAACCUAAUAAAUCUAAACUACAAAAAUCAUAUAAAAAGACCACUGCAUCCUGGUUAAAGCAAGGGCACCUUUAACAAAUUCUUUUUUUUUUUAUUGCCUGUCCAUGCCAUGUAGGGUUUUUUGGGCCAACAACACAAGACACAACAUGUUUUAGACAAGAAAAACAACGUUAGAGCAUGAAAAAAACUUUUUAAAAAGAUUUAAAACUAUUUUUGCAUCAUCAAAUUUUUUAGGUCGAUAGGUAGGCAACAUCAAACAACGUCAAGUUUAUUUUUGGCCCAAGGAUACUAUUUUAUUGUCUUUGUGUCAACAUGUUUCACCACUGAGUGGAAUCUUCAAGUCACUAUAAAGAUAUGAAACGAACAAUGAAUUUAUUUUAGUGAAUUUAAUAAAUGUACUUCAGGACAAUGUAAAGAUAGGAAAGGAUUAAAUUUACUUCAGUAUUUGUUUCCUAUUUUUAUAUUGUCCUGAAGACGACUCUAAGUGGUGAAACAUGUCAACACAAUCAGGACAAUAGAUAAUUUCCCUGCUGUAACCAGGACGUUGAUUGUCUUUAUAUAGUUUGACUUUAUCAUGUUUAUUUAUAAAUUAAGCGGUUUUCCUAAACUACAAUGAACAAGAGUCAGUUUUUUAUGAUACUGUAAAUUCCAAAGAAAUAUCUAUAGUGUUUUGAUUACAAAUGUAUUGCAUUAAAUAUAUGAAAUGAA